UUGUGCUUACGCACUCCUUCACCGAGAAUAACCUCUCUUUUCUGUCCCUAUCUAUAUUUCAUCUCCCAUCUAACCUCUCUUUCUCCUCUCUCCCCACCCCCCUCCACCCCCCCCCACACACACCAUGUAGCAUUGUGUGUUUUCCUGAAUCUGGAUCCGUUCUUACCUUGUAAACUUUGCAUUUUUAUCAAAGGAUAGUAGUCAAGAAGACAGUGUGAGCAGAGUAAGCAUGUCAAGUGACAGUUGCACCCACUGGUGUCAUAGUUGUGGGCAACCCGUGAAUGUCGUAAAUGCCGUUUGCCCCAAUUGCCAUGGUAGUUUUGUUCAAGAGAUCGAUGACAUAAUGAGUAGUAGUGCAGAUUAUCAGAACCAGAGGCCGAGAUUUAUGGAAUCUGUCUCAAACUUUUUAAGACGACAAAUCUCUGCUAGAAUUAAUAUUUCUGAGAGAGGGAGAUCUGAUGGGGGUGCUGAACAAAGAAAUUUGUGGAAUCCCUUGCUGAUUUUCAGUGGUGAUACGCCUGUUCAGAUGCCUGGGGAUGGUGGAGUUGUGGAGUUUCUUAAUGAGGCUCUUGGCUUCCGACGAGAAAAUGGUGGUGAUUAUUUUGUUGGUCCUGGAGUGGAAGAAUUCUUUGAAGAAAUUGUCAAUAACAAUCAGAGUGGUGCUCCUCCUGCCUCAAGAUCUUCAAUUGAUGCCCUGCCUACGGUCAAGAUAUUGAAAAAGGAUAUUAGAUCGGAUUCCCACUGUCCUGUUUGCAAAGAGAAAUUUGCACUAGGAACUCAGGCGAUUAAAUUGCCUUGCAAGCAUUUAUAUCACUCAGAUUGUAUAGUUCCAUGGUUACAACAGCGGAAUUCAUGUCCUGUUUGUAGACAGGAGCUGAUACCUCAAAGAUCUGGCAAUGACCAUUGUUCUCGAAGCUCCAGGAGUCAAAGUAGAAGCAGCAGUUGGCGAUUAAGUGGUAGGGAGGACAGUUCUCAGAAUCGAGAAAGGCGGAGGCCAUGGUCGUUCCUCUGGCGUUUUGGCUCAUCUCAUUCUAGUUCCCCUAGUACUCCAGCUGCUGAAACCAGCUCACAGACCAGCCAUCAAUACAAUCAUUACUCGGGCUACUCUAACUGGCCAUUUGAAUAACAAGGUUUAUCUUAAAGUAACCUGUUUUAUUUUUUCACAUUCUUUGUGAUCAUAAUGUUCUGCCUCUGGUUGAACUUACUAUUUCUCAUUUUGGAAAAAUAACGCCUUAUGUAUUUACAUGCUUGUAAUGUACAUUUGAAGUUUUUCACGUGUUUCUAAUGACUACCUCUUGGAAAUAGCUACUUUCAUCA